AUGGAUGAUCUGCUCACUGGUGUCAACAGUAUCGAAGAAGGUCAGGAACUUGUACAGCAGCUACUCCAGUUGAUGAAUUCGGCUGGACUACAACUUCGCAAGUGGGCAUCCAAUUGUCCUCAGAUUCUUGAAGUCGUUCCUGAACACUUAAGGGAUGAGCGUACACUUCUCGAUCUCGAAGCAGCUUCUCCGGUUAAAACUCUCGGUCUGCAAUGGAACACUCGCACGGACGAAUUCUGCUUUGAGGUGCCGAAGCACAGUGACGUUUACCCUAUAACCAAACGUAUCGUUCUUUCGGAUAUCGCUCGGCUCUUCGAUCCACUGGGACUUGUUGGCCCAGUGGUGGUACAAGCGAAGCUGUUUAUGCAACAAUUGUGA